AUGGAGUCAGUGGUGCUGGAGACAAGCAUGGGAGAUAUCCAGCUCGAAUUGUACUGGAACCAUGCCCCGAAGACGUGUAAAAACUUCGCAGAACUUGCGAAGCGUGGCUACUAUAACGGCGUCGUUUUCCAUCGCAUUAUUUCCGAUUUCAUGAUUCAAGGCGGGGAUCCAACAGGCACCGGGCGUGGAGGGACGAGCAUAUAUGGACAGAAAUUCGAAGACGAGCUACAUCCAGAACUGAGGUUCACAGGCGCAGGUAUCCUUGCUAUGGCCAACUCGGGUCUUAAUACGAACGGAUCCCAAUUCUUCAUCACCCUUGGUCCAACACCCUAUCUCGACAACAAGCACACGAUCUUUGGACGCGUCAGCUCAGGCAUGCGGGUGGUACAGAGGCUUGGGUCAGUGGCCGUCGACCCACAAGAUCGACCGAAAGAAGACGUCAAAAUCCACAAAGCCCGGGUCGUCUAA